UUACAGGUCGAAGUUGGGCAACAGAAACACGUCUAUUUGUCGACGAAACAACAUUUAGACGGCUGCAUGUCUAAAUUCCUCCCUGAACUCGGCGGGCCUGACUCGGAUGGAGCUGGAGUUGAUGUGAGGUGGCUGUGGGGGGGCGUUAGCAGGUAUAGUGCGCUCGUGCAGCGCGGAGGUGGCGGCUAGCUUAUCUUAACGACAGAACAACCGUUCAACUUGGUUCCGACUCUUCUCCUCUCAACAGCGGAAUGUCGGAUGAGGAUUCCCGUGCCAGCACCAGCUCUUCUUCAUCACCACCUUCAUCGAGCCAAACCCGACAGAAAGACGCGACCUGCAAGAAGAAACGGGAGAGCAAAGUCAGCAUGAGCAAAACCUCCAAGCUGCUUUCCACCAGUGCCAAAAGGAUUCAGAAAGAGCUGGCAGACAUCACUCUGGACCCCCCGCCAAACUGCAGCGCCGGCCCAAAAGGAGACAACAUCUAUGAGUGGAGAUCCACCAUCCUGGGACCGCCGGGCUCCGUCUACGAGGGAGGGGUCUUCUUCCUGGACAUCGCCUUCACGCCAGACUACCCCUUCAAACCCCCCAAGGUGACGUUCCGCACGAGGAUCUAUCACUGCAACAUCAACAGCCAGGGCGUGAUCUGCCUGGACAUCCUGAAGGACAACUGGAGCCCCGCCCUCACCAUCUCCAAGGUGCUGCUGUCCAUCUGCUCCCUGCUCACAGACUGCAACCCAGCGGAUCCGCUGGUGGGAAGCAUCGCCACCCAGUACACGACCAACAGAGCAGAACACGACCGAACAGCCAAACAGUGGACGAAGAGAUACGCCACAUAGACCGGCAGUGGGGGGGUCCGGUCGUGUCGCAGAUUUUUAGAAUUUUGUCCGUUUUUUUGCUUUGUUUUUUUUUUUUUUUUUUUUUUUUUGCUUCCUGAAUAAGUUAUAUCAACAAAUACGGUAAUAAAGGAACAACAUGCAAAUCCG